GGGACGGGACGGUGACGCGGCGGGAGGGCGGAAGUGAGAAAGUUGCCGGCGUCCCGAGACGAGUUAGCGGAACUCUGCGCGCGGCGCGGCGAUGGGGAGCUCGGGCAGCCGUCUGUCCAAGGAGCUGCUGGCCGAAUACCAGGACUUGACGUUCCUGACCAAGCAGGAAAUCCUCCUAGCCCACAGGCGGUUCUGUGAGCUGCUUCCCCAGGAGCACCGGAGCGAGGAGGGGUCACUGCAGGCCCGAGUGUCCUUGGAGCAGAUCCUCAGCCUUCCAGAGCUCAAGGCCAACCCCUUCAAGGAGCGCAUCUGCAGGGUCUUCUCGACCUCCCCGACCAGAGACAGCCUGAGCUUUGAGGACUUCCUGGACCUCCUCAGCGUGUUCAGUGACACGGCCACACCAGACAUCAAGUCCCACUAUGCCUUCCGCAUAUUUGAUUUCGACGACGACGGGACCUUGAACAGAGAAGACCUGAGCCAGCUGGUGAACUGCCUCACGGGAGAGGGCGAGGACACGAGGCUCAGCACUUCGGAGAUGAAGCAGCUCAUCGACAACAUCCUGGAAGAGUCCGACAUUGACCGGGACGGGACCAUCAACCUUUCCGAGUUCCAGCACGUCAUCUCCCGGUCCCCGGACUUCUCCAGCUCCUUCAAAAUCGUCCUGUGACAGGAGGCCCAGCCUGUUGCCCAGCACCCCGUAGCAGAACUUCUCCACGGCCGAGCCGUGGCCAAGGUCACAUCUGUGUUGCCAGGGCCGGCCGAGCGGGCCCGGUCGAGCUGGCGCGGUGAAGCCUCGGCCCCGGGCAGGGAAGGACCCUCCGCGUCAGGGCCUCACCCCUUCUCACUGCCACCGUCGUCCCUCUGUUUGUUUCUACCAAUCGCUAAGAAUAAAGGUUUAGAAAUGUUGA